CUGAGCAUCAUCAGUCCAGACUUUUGGAAAUUAAUCCACUACCGCGCAGCCAUGAGGAUCUUCAACCUGCUCUAUCUGCUCCUGCUGCUCGUAGCUCUUGUAGCAUCAGUCUCCUCUGCCAGACCAGAUUUUCUCAACCUGAGGAGAAGAUAUCACAGACACCACUGCCCACACAGACGCUGCCUGCCUCUCCACUCCAGAGUACCCUUCCCCUAAGGUUGAAGCACAAGAAUGAGGAG